AUGCAAAUCGUGCGGAUUCAGACAAACAUUCGGAAUGGCGACAUUUCCGAGAAAUUCGAGGUAAAUCGUGUAAAAUCUACUGUAAAGAUCUCGAAAUUGUUCAGCAAGACAUCAGCUACAGCUUGUCGAGUGCCAUGGAUCUUCCGGCCGAAAAAUUUGUGAUAAUCGUGGAGGCGGCAGCCAGAAUGAGCCUCGGAUUUGGCAGCAAAGAGACCCCUGUGGCGGUUGUUAGUGUGAGUUUUAAAAGAAACAGAAAAACGUCUAAAUAUAUGUGUAGUUUGUAGCGCCCAAAAUUUGUAGUUUGCAGUCUUAGUAGCCCCCGAAAUUCACGAGAGCAGCGCGCCAAAUUUGAAAGCGAAGAAACUUUUUAAAAUCAAAUUUUGGCGCAUUUUCCAUCAUUUCAGGUCGUUUUUCCUGAUUUCUAUCUCAAAAAUUGUCAUUUUUUCAGCUUCAAACGACCCGCCCGUCUUCCCAAUCGGAAAACGAUUUGUACGCGAAAAAACUGACUCUGGUGCUCCGCGAGCAUCUGAAAUUAGACCCCGCCCACAUUUUCAUCACUUUCGACUUCAAAGACGCCAAAAGUUUUGCGGUUCAGGGUAAAACCAUCGCUUCUUUGUAUGAAUAA